UUCAUUUUCGAACUAGUUUUCCCCAAAAGACAACCAAAAUUUGUUCUGCCCGAGCGCCUUACUUUUAUCCAUUUAAAAUUUUUGUGGAUCCAUUUUCCUGGCGAACUCAAACCGUUCUAAAAUUAGCCGUUUGAUCAGAAAUUUUUUGGGCGGAACCACACGAACGAGAUGCCCGUUUUUCCGAGGAACCUGCAAUCGAUGCGCCACCUGGCCAAGCGCAGUCUAACCGAUGGCCGGCGCUCACUGACCACCAUUUCAUCGGGCCUGGAGAAGGGCCAACCACUGGGGAUCGCGGGCCCGGUUCCCUGGUACAAGGAUUGGCCGAUGCGGGAGGAGAGCUUCGCGGCCGCGCAGCUUCUCCGCCAGAAGCAGCAGAGUCGCCAGUGGAGCAACACCGUCUCCGGCCUGGACUCGGCCAUGUUCCGACCCGUGAUCAAGCCGGAUGAGAUCGUGCCCCGGCGCAACAAUGUGGUGGCCGCCCAGAAUGCGGCCAAGCGGCGGAACGUCAAGUCGCGACAGUUGAGCCACUACGACGACACGAACGCCUACAGGUCGCAGCAGCAGAACUGGGAGGCCCAGCAGCAGCAGGAGGAGGAGGGGGAGCAGCCCGGUCGCGAAACGGAGGCCAAGGGGGAGGACCACGACCACGAGGAGGAUCUGGAGAUCCGCUCCGUCCGGGAGACCGUCUUCGGGCCGCCGGAGGACAACGCGGAGGAGGAGCGGGAGCGAGCCCGCGCCGACGAGGAGCUGCUCAGGCGGGUGGCCAUCGCCUCCCAGCAGUACGAAAGUCCCAAUCGGCCCUCCAUCUCCCGGAAGGUCAUCUCGCCGUACAACUCUUACCGCAGCCACCGCACCCGAUGGGCGGAGUUCCGGCACAGCAUGAUAUACGGCCGGUCGAGCUACUAGACGACGAUGACACCCUCGAUCUCCCCAGACCUCGAUGGGCGUCUCCUUUCUCGGAAAUCGGGUUUUAUUUUCCGACUGAACUCACGUUUUCCUUUGUAUGUAGGGGCUCGCGUAAUUAAAGAAAGAACAAAUAAAUUUAGUCUUCAAAAUUA